CUUUUGGCGAACUUCCGAUAGAUAAGGGAAGUUUCGCAAUGGGGGCGAGAUUCAAGAACUUGCAACAAGAACUGACAAAGGUGCUGAAGGACGGAGAUGUGAUUACGGGGAUUCUAGAGGUAGAUGGCGAGAGGAAACCCAUUUUAGAUGAAGCUGCCAAGAUGCUGGAAGGUCUGCUCAAAGCGAGGAAGGCUUCAGCUGAACGUGCCCGAUGAAUUCCUCUGUCAUCUGUCCAAGAAGAUGAUGCGUGAUCCUAGCUACGAGCGAUACUACAUUGAUCGAUGGCUGAGGGAAGUCAACCACAGCGUUUGUCCCAAGCCCUUAUCUCACACAAAACUAAUACCAAACAAAGCACUCUCCAGCCAUAUCCGUCAGUGGUGCAAGGAGAACUUAGUCGACCUUCCUGAGACUGUAGCAGCUUGUUCUGAUAUGUCGAUUGUCAAAACACUGAUUGACAAGAUAUCCUCUUCAUCAGUCUCAUCUCAGAGGCCCACUGCCAUGCUAGGCUAUAUCCAACAUUUUCCAUCUUCUACGCUAACCAAGUUGCUUGAUCCACUCUUAAAGCCUGAUGUCGACAUUGAUCCUGAGCUACAAAGUGAUCUCGUUAAGACCGUCUUCUACCUCUCUUCCCACGAGGAGAACAAAACCUUCAUAGGUCAAAACCCUUCCAUCAUCAACACUCUAAUGUCUUGUUUGAAACAAGGGUCGAAGGAAACACGACGAGAUGCAGCUGCUACUUUCGCGUUGCUGUCUUCCACAGGAAGUUCAUUGCGUGUGUUGGCGCUCCUAGUAGAUCUUCUUGCACAAGGCGAUGACUCAGCAUUCGAUGCUGUCUCAAGUUUAUGUGUCUUGGAAGAAAACAGGGAUAGGGCUGUGCUGGCGGGUGCGGUACGUGUACUAACCAAAAAGCUCCAAGCUGAUGCAAUGGUCGACCAUUCACUUUCUCUCCUUGCUUUGCUCUCUACAAGCCAAAAUGCGGUUGAGCAAAUGACGGAGCUCGCGUUGGUGUUCACUCUCCUAAAGUUCUUGCGGCGUUCAACCUACCAACCAAAUGUGGAGAACGCUUUAGUGACCAUCUUCAAUGUAAGUGAAAGAGAUGGAUCCGGUUUAGAGUUCGUCAGUAAAGAGGAGAAACAGAAACGGACACUGACGAGCGUUGUUGUCAACGGGUCUGAACAUGCACAAACAAUGGCCCUAAGAAUUCUCCAGGUUGCAGCAGGAAGCCGACGCUGAAACAGAAUCCCCAUACAUAUAGAGAUGAAGGAAACAGCUCCAUCUUAGAUACCUACAAAUGCCAUUCUCUGAUUUUUUUUUCUUUUUGGAGUCAAUGUAUAGAUAUGAUACUAGUUGCCUACAGCCAUGAUUGUGUUUACAGGUUUUACCUUUUCUUGUUUGCAGUUUUUACUCUAAAUGGACUCCAAUAUUCAAAGUGUAAUCUAGUUUUACGCAUUUUACGUGGAUAAAUCUAAUGUUUUUAGUAUAAAGCUUUCUGCCUUAUAUAUUUCUGUAAAUAAUAAAUGAUAUACAGUAACAAUAUAAUAACAUAUUGAUGCGUGUGAAUCUGUAGUUAAAACGAUAUUAUUUCGUUUGAAGAAAACGAUAUUAUUUCGUUUGAAGAAAAUGAUAUUUGUGAUAAGAGAAUCUCUCCACCGUCAAUCCUUGUCUAAGAUUAACACUAACCAACACACUAGAUGGCGUCAAAUCAAAUAGCCACGUAAAGUCGUGUAAGUAUUUGAGCACAACAGUAAUUUCUCUAAUAAACAAACCAACUCCACUAGGGUCUAGUAGCCAUCUGCUUAUUCUCUCGACUCUGCUUUUUUCAUCCACUGAGAAUUUUUGAAUUUCAUUAGCCUGUAUAAUAGAAUUGGGGUUUCCAUGAUCUGUUGAAUUCAAGAGGUGGGUUCCGUUAGACAAAAGUGGUCUGAUUCUGAUUUUUUUUUUUUGUGAAGCAAACUUUCAAUUAAA